AAAAAUGGCAGGUCAUGGAUCAUCUUGUGGAGCAUGCAAGUUCCUAAGGAGGAAAUGCAACAGCGAUUGCGUCUUCUCUCCUCACUUCAGCUACGAGCAAGCCUCAUCUCAUUUUGCAGCGGUCCACAAAGUCUUUGGCGCAAGUAAUGUCUCAAAGCAUUUGCUUAGUUUGCCUCUACAUCAAAGAAGCGCAGCUGCGAUCACUAUCUCCUACGAGGCUCUCUCUCGCAUGUGUGAUCCUGUUUAUGGCUGCGUCGCUCAUGUCUUCGCUCUUCAGCAACAGGUCAUGACUUUACAAGAGGAGAUAGAGUUUCUAGGGACGCAUAUGGCGAAUUUAUCGAACUCUCCUCAGAUCAGGUCACAACCUAAUGACAUGCCCGAGUUUCGGAAUCAGAUGACAAUGGACACGACCGGUUUCAUCGACGAGACUGUUUUAAACAAUGACGUUGGAAGAAACUGCAUUGAAGGGUUCUUCACGAACCCGGAGGAAGUGCUCGUGAAUCAUCCAUGGUUUGAGAACAUGGAUCACUAUUACUACGCACCGCAACAUUAGACGUGAACUAAUCGAAUGCGCCGUUUUUGAAUAUGCCAUGAUAAUCGGAUGCCUUUAUAUUUAGGUCACGUUAUAAUUAAAUUGUAUGCAUUUUGUUAAGGGUUAAGUAGAUUUGACUCCAGUUAUAAUUGGAUGAAAAUAAUAUGCAUUUAGGUUACGUCACUCUCUAAGUAUGAAGUU